AUGACCUCAGGGGAAGUGAUGGCCUUCAUACUGGCACGCGAGGACGCGGUGUCCCAGUGGCGGCGGCUUCUGGGACCCACCAAAGUCUCCACAGCGAGGCGUCAGGACCCAGCCAGCAUCCGGGCAGUGUUCGGUGACCCCUCCUUCGAUACCCGGAACGUGGCCCACGGUUCGGAUUCCCUUGUGUCCGCUGCUAGAGAGGUCAAAUUCUUCUUCCCUGACCGCGCCAAGGAGUACCUGAGCCACGCCGUGUCCCCAACGUUGGUUAAAGCCUUGACUGAACUCUGCAAGUUAAGUGCAUUUGGCAACACUGUCGAUCUAGAGUGUUAUGUAUAUUUGGCAACGCUGUGUCGAUCUGGGAAGUAUAUGUGGCAACACUGUGUCAAUCUGGAAAGUUAG